GUGACUCGCAUGUAAACAAUUGAGUGAUGCUGGAGGGGGGUGUUGUCAUAGAUGAAUAUGUGAUUGUUUACAUCAGCGUGGAAGAGGAUGUCGUAUGACAUUAUUGUAUUGUGCAAUUGACACGCAUAGAAAAAUAUUCGUACAAAUAAUACGAAAAAUUCAGAAUGCUUGACGGCGUGAAACACAUUAUACUUGUGUUGUCGGGAAAGGGUGGCGUAGGAAAGUCAACAAUAAGUACUCAACUUGCGUAUGCUUUCAGAGACAGCGGUUAUAAGGUUGGUCUCCUUGAUAUUGACUUAUGUGGACCAAGUAUUCCAUACCUUCUGCAUUUGCAGGGUAAAGAUGUCCAUCAGUGCCCUCAAGGGUGGGUUCCUGUGUAUGCCGACAAAGAGAAGCAACUGGCAGUUAUGUCAAUAGGAUUCCUUUUAAAAAAUGACAAUGAUAGCAUUGUAUGGAGAGGACCAAAGAAAACAGCAAUGAUAAAACAGUUCCUGACUGAUGUAUUUUGGGAGGACAUAGAUUAUUUAAUAAUUGACACUCCACCUGGAACUUCAGAUGAACACAUAACUGUCAUGGAAAACCUGAGGACUUUGAACUGUGAUGGUGCUAUAUUAGUUACAACUCCGCAAGCUUUGGCUGUUGAGGAUGUGACAAAAGAACUAACAUUCUGCCGCAAAACUGGAAUUCCAGUUGUUGGUGUGAUUGAAAAUAUGAGUGGUUAUGUGUGUCCAAGCUGUGCAGAAUGUACCAAUAUAUUUUCUUCUGGCGGUGGAAAAUCACUGGCUGAUUUGGCUAAAGUUCCAUUCCUUGGAUGUGUGCCAAUUGAUCCUAGAAUUGGAAAGUGUGCUGACAGCGGUGAAAGCUAUGCAGCACUCGCCCCUGAGUCACCUGUUACAGCAGUGCUGAAGUCCAUAGUUCAGCGUGUAACAGUUACUUCUGACGUCCAAUCAACAGAGAAGACCUAAAUGUACUUAUAUUAAUAGUAAUAAGUCAGUUUACACAAUAAGCUCUGUUGGGAUAAAGUCAGUCAGUUUACACAGUAAGCUUUGUUCGAAUAAAUUAUAAAACUAAUGCCUCCUUUUUUAUGUAAGAACUGUGUGAGAAGUUUUUGUAGAUUUUUUUUAUGCGGGAUUUGUAAAGCAUAUUGACUACGUUGUUCAUUGUUGUGAAACAUGACUGUAUAUGAAAACCUAUUGAAAUAAUUGUGUAUUUCUGUUUUUUA